AUGAAGCGCCCUAUCAUAUCCAAAUUCUUGCAGCCGAAGACAAAGAUCGAGAACAAAGGUUGUUCAUCAUCAAGAUGGUCGAAGAAUUUCCGAAGACUCCAUAGAAGACACAAAAUUCAGAGAUCUGCCGGAGCCAACGAUGUCGAAAUGGAAUCAACAAAUUUGCAAAUCGUGAAUUUCAAUCAAGUUGAAAUGGAAACAACAAAUUUGCAAAUCAUAAAUUCCAAUCAAGUUGAAAUGGAAUCAACAUAUUUGCAAAUCUUAAACUCCAACGAAGUCGAAGUUGAUCCUACCUCACUGAAUUCUGAUGUCAUCGCUAUCACUGAAAAUAACAAUGGCUACAAGAGCGGAGAUGAUGAUAUCGAGUUGCAAAAUAUUCUCUUUUACUCAGCUCAGUUUCAUUCUGGUAAGAACUUGGAAUCAAGCUCUAAUCAUGGUGUUGAUAAAAAACCUAUGAAAAUUGAGUAUUUUGUUAUUCCAGAUUCACUUAACCUAAAGAAUAGUAUUACUCAAAAGGGGGAAUCUUCAUGUACAUUCUGUGAAAUCUGUGAAGAUGCAUUUCCGCUGUCAAACACAAUGAUGUGGGGCACCAAUUGCAAUCAUCGUUACUGUGAAGAAUGCAUUCAUAAUUAUAUAGGUAAAAAAAUCAACGAGGUUAUCCAUGAGGUUGCUAUAAGGUGUCCUGCUUCUGAUUGCAAGGAAAUUUUGGAUGUCGAUUUAAUAAUGCCGGUUGAUUUUCUUAUUCGAGUAAGAGAUGCCAGUCGACUAAUAAAAGUUUUGGCUUUGCCACUAGUUAUUGAUUGCCCUUAUAUGGAUUGUAUGGGUAAACUGAUCGAUGAUCAACAAGGAUAUCCAAUUAGGGCAUGUCCUGAGUGUUGGAAACUUUUUUGUGUCAAUUGUAAAUCCUUACAUUUUCGAAUGACAUGUGAGAUUUAUCAGUUUAGUAGGCAAUUGAAUUUGUUGUACUGGCAGCAGCAGCAAGAAGAAGAAGAAGAAACUCCAUGA